GAAGCGCGUCCGAGCUGUGACCUGCUCGGUGUUUGCCUCAGUCGAAAGGAGUUGUACCUGGAAAAAAGAGUCAUGUUUAAUCUGAAGGUGUUGCAGAGAAACAAAACAGUGAAAUAUGGAGUCCCCAUGCUUUUGCUCAUAGUUGGAGGAUCCUUUGGCCUGCGAGAGUUCACAGAAAUUCGGUGUGAUGCCCAGAAGCACAGAAGAAAGCUGGAUCCUUCACUGGAGGCCAAAGUGAACGUCCAAAGGCAGUCAGUCAUACUGGAGGAUGAGUACGAGAAGAUGAAGCAGUUGAAUUUGGAGGAAUGGAAGAACAUCCGUGGUCCUCGUCCCUGGGAGGACUCCAGGGAGUACCAGGAGCAGCAGCGCAACAGGCAGAACAAGAAAGACUGAGGUCCAGAGCGGCAGGUCGAGCAGACUGCUGCAGCAGGACGGAGCAGGCCAGAGUGGACGGAGUCUGUGGCGAAGGCGCCGCUGAGACCAAAUUACCACAGACGCUGCUUAAUGGACUCAACUUGAUUGGUCUUUGCUUCUGUCGGACUUAAAACUGGAGCUGUUUGAAAUGUACUACUGCAGUACCGGUUACAACUACUGGUUAUAAUGAUGCCACAUGAGCCCAAAACCUUGAAAUAAGUUCAAGGUUGGUCUUAAAUUUAAAGACAUGUGCAUCGAUUCUUAUAUUUUUUCACACAUGAGUGUAACACGGUCACCAGUUGGCAGCUUAUUCUCCACUCUGUUGACCAGGAGUUUGUAAUUAAAAGCAACCAGCAGGUGGCACAUCUGUGUCCUGCUGCUCCUCACCUCUCCCACAGAAAGCAAGGAGAGAAAUAUACAUCAACGUAUGAUUUCCAUGUCCUGAUAAAUUAUGUACUAUUGAUCCAAAUUGUUACUUUUACUUUUAUUUUGUUUUUGACAAAAGCUCGUAGAUGUGGCGAGUCUUUGUUUACAACAGAAUUGCAUUGAUUUACCAGCUGAAAGUAUAAAAGAAUAAAUAACACAACAGUC